AUGCAUUCGUCGAGCCAUAGCCGAAUUUGUCUGGAACGUGGAAACGGUAAUUUGCAAACAACAUGCUGUCAGUCAGUGGAGAAUCUUGCGAUUUUGGCUGGAGAUGAAACGGGCGAAAAGGAUCCGGAGGUUGCGGAUUUGUUGGGUUUUGCUCGGGCAGUUGUCCAUUCAGUACAGUCCUUUCCAACAGAACAGCGACCGCUUGUACGACUGGCGAUUAUGGAAUGUAUUGCCGAUAUGCGAAAGACAUUUACUUUCGAUCAGGCCGCACUAGGAGAAGCCGAUAAUGUUGUGGUUGAUGAUGAUGAUGAUGAUGAUGUGCUAAUUUCCGAAUGA